UCUCCCCGUGCGGGGUCGUCCAUUCCCACGCUUCUGCAACUACUACCUUUGGCAUCAGAGAAUGUGCCUAUUCUUCCUCUCUCUCUCUUUCUCUCUCCUUCUCUCUAGCCCUUUUUUUAGCGAAAGAAUGGCGAUGAGUCCCCAUCUUUUUCUGGAGUGCUAUCAUUAACGAACGCGCAUUCUCACCAAAGGCACAACCACCCUCACACACCUAGAAAAAACGGCUUUUCACCAACCCACCGCCACAAGAUUCCCUUCCUUCCUUCCUUCUCCUUUCUUGCUCCCCUGCCUCGUCUCUGAAUUCUGCCCCUGAAGUGAGUCGCGACAAUAGCCUCAAUCAAGCUAAAUCUGCCUAAGUUUGUUAGAGUGGAGUGCUGCGGAAAGCUCCUGGUCAGAGUUUGUGGUCACCACACCAAGUGUAUCCAGUGUUUUUACUAUCACCUGCUGUUUGCUGCCUUUCUCACUAGAUCGGCAGUUGGAUAUACUGUCUUCUGAGGAUGGACGGGGAAACGCACGCUGAGGUAAUGAUCCCGCAGAAAGUCGAAUCUCUAUGUGCUCAGCUGAGAAGAAACUCUACGGGAAUAAUGGCUGCACCAAAUCUUCAACCACCGAUUCUUUCACGUUAUCUAAGAGCCUCGAUGGGAUCCUGCCAUGAUAUGUGCAAAUAUGGGAGGAAACAUAAUUCUGAAGCAACGACUAAUUACCUGAGGUCAAGAAGAAAAGCCGCCAUUUCUCAGGAUCUCCAUAACCGGGAUAAGACCAGUGCUCAGUUGGAGGGGAAUGAGAAAUCAUUAGCCAAUGUUGACAAAUAUCCUGACUCCGUCAUUGUGAAGAAAGAUGAUUCCUGGUCAACUCCAGAUAGAGAUGUCAUUGUGAAGAAGGCUGCCAUUUCUGGGGAUCGCUAUGACCAGGAUAAGACCAGUGCUUUUCUGGAGGAAAAGGAGAAAUCAUUAGUCAAUGUUGACGAAUCUCCUAAGUCCGUCAUUGUGAAGAGAGAUGAUUCCUUGUCAACUCAAGACAGAUAUGUAAUUGUGAAGAAGACUGCGAUUUCUGCUGAUCUCUAUGACCAGGAUAAGACCAGUGCUCUGUUGGAAGGAAAGGAGAAAUCAUUAGUAACUGUUGAUGAAUCUUCUAGGUCCGUCAUUGUGAAGAGAGAUGAUUCUUUGUCAACUCUAGACAGAGAUGUCUCCUUUCAACAGCCAGAGGAUCCAGAUGUCACCGGAGAUUUUGCUGCCGGCCUGAAGGAAAACUCUGUCCAUCCAAGUCCAUCUACUCAUGCUAAAGAGGGAACAGGUGAUAAAGUACCCAAUGAAACUGGAGGGGCACUUUCAGUGGCCGCUCCCAAGAGUUCAAGCAGCAGAAAAAACCAGAAAAUCAGAAGCACUAAAGCAACAAGGGUCUCUGUGAAUGAGAAGGAAAAGAUCUUGCCAAGUACGGCAUCCAUUGCUCCCGAGCGUUCUAGCAGAAGAGGCUCAAACAGGGAAACGAGAAACUAUAAGCACAGCAAAUUAGCAUCCAAUCAGAAAGACUGCAGUAUCAGUAAUGCUAAGCCUAAGGUUUCCAAUUGCGAGGAUAAGACUGAAAAGACUUCUGAUUUUGCAGUGGCAGAUGUUGGAAAUAAAAUGGCAGGAACUACUGAGAAUAGCGUCCAUACUUUGGAUGAGAGUCCUAAUGCAGAGAAAGAAAGAAGAUCAAAUGAAAAGAUUGCCCCUCAACUUCGACCAUCAUCAGGGAAGAAUAAAUUAAGACGCUCAGUAAAUGCAUGUGGUUUGGCCAAAUUACCUCCAUCCUCUGAUAUGAAAAACACGAGAAGAAUUGGAAGACAGGUUAAUCAAUCGCCUUCAUCUUCAUCCUUGCGCUUAACACCAUCUCCAUCGACAUCAAAGUCUACCAAUGGUGAUACUCCAUCUGAGCAUGAGGCAGCAGAAAAGGGGAAUCCAGAGGCUCGUUCAAACACAAAUAGGCCCAAGAGGGUUAACACAGGUAGCUCUGAAGUCAAAAAUUGCCAGCCUCAAAAUCUACCCUUCAGGAGAGGGAAGGUGGUAGAACCUCGACUUGAGAACGUCGUUCCUCCGAGGAAACUCAGGUUUCGACGACCAAGACUACUUGGCGAGUGCCAAAUUGGUAAGGGUGAUGCAGGAAGAAGAAUCUUUAGGAGAAAAGACAUUGAUUCUCUGGAGUUGAAGAGUAUUAAAUCUGAGAAAAUCGUCUUGAAGCACCGACAUGUGGAGAAGAGAGAAAACGCGCAAAGUUUGUUUAAUAAUGUGAUUGAAGAAACAGCUAGUAAGCUUGUUGAGACAAGGAAGAGUAAGGUCAAAGCGUUGGUUGGUGCUUUUGAAACUGUGAUCUCCCUUCAAGAUACUAAACCAAAGGCCACAGUCACUGCCUGUUGAACUGUUCUGGUUCUGUUUAGGUUUUAGUUCCAUGGUUUUAUUGUACAUAAGGAUAUCUAAAGAUAACUUCUGUUGUUCUUGUGGCAUGCGAACUAUAUCUCAAGACUGGCUAAUUGAGCUGAGAAAGUGUCUGGUGUGAAUUCUAUAGUUUUGACACCUAUUGUUGAUCAGGUUGUUGUGUGUAUAGAAAGAAUGCAACUUGAUUGGAUUGUGGAUUUAA